AUUCGACUGACAAUAUAAUAGUGAUGUUGACGAAUUGACUACUUACUGAAGAAUGUCAUGAAGUGAUGCUGGCAGUUGUUGGAUGGGAUGGGACUUGACACCGGCUCUGACUUCACUGCUUUUCGGAAGGCUCAGGGCCCGGCAUUGUACGGAGAACUGAGAACAUCGGUGACCGAGGAUGUCCUGGCCAUUGGCCUCAUUACGGCCUUCACAUCAUUGUUCGUCUCCUUCCUUGUCUCACUACCCAGCGCAUCGGAACGGAAGAAGCGACUACUAACGUUUGGAAAGGUGUUCAUUGCCCUCUACAUUUCAUUGUGCAUUCUUUUGUCCAUAUUUGGCUAUGGUUGGAGAGUUGGAUCAAUAUACACUGAAACUCAGUAUAGACAAUUCACUAAUGGCACAAUUCAUGCUCAAGUCGGUAUCAAGUUUGGACUGUAUGGUGUCAAUAUCACUCUCAAAGGCACACCGGUGGAGCAGUUGUCAGAAACAAUUGACUACAAUGAGCACGUGAGCUUUGGUGACCGAGAAGGUCGGCUGGAGUUCUCCAAUCAAGGUGGCAGCGUGCGAUCUUUCUUCCGUGAGUCUCAAGAGCGUGGUGCUCCACUUCCAAUCUUGUGGAUAAUGGAGUACCUAACAUUAGACGGUGAAGCAAUCCGCUGGAAUAGACAGUACAGAGAGGCCGGUUACUUCGCAUCCCUUCUCCUAUGGACUGCACUGUGCCUAUGGUUUGUGACAGUUGCCUCCACCAGGUACGUCCUAAUCCACACAGCUUUCUUCGCUUCCCUAACUGGCGCACUGCACAUGGCUGCAUGCUUCAUCUAUGAGAUGGUCUACAACCACAUUGGGCCGACAUUUGCAAUUCCGUUCGAAGAUGACAUUCUCCAGGUUCGCUAUGGCUGGGGCUUUUUCUUGACGUUAAUCAAUGGUGUAGUGUUACUUGUUGGUGGUGCAGUGAUGGCUAUUCUUUCCACUUUCUGGGAUAAUCGACUAAACGACCCGCAGCUGGGUUCGAGUCCUACACCUUACCACGUGGUUACUAGGGUUACCAGAGGGAGCUCUGUGUCCUUUGUUAGCAUUUCUCCAUCACCAUGGCAGGAAAUGGACGGUACCGUGGAGGUGGAGGACGAGGAGGAGUCGUCGAGUUGCACCACCGCAAGCAACUCGCCACCGUUAACAGCCGACUGUACGCAACCACAACAACCUGUGAAGCCAUCGGCAAGAAAAGAGCAGCAGCGCGCAUGGCAUUCACUGAAGCGUGGAAAGGCGAGCGGCCUUAAUGGGUCGUGUAGGAGGCGCUACUCUUUGAAAGGCACUGAAUGUGAUCGCCGUGAACAUGCCACAAGCCACAGUUCACGUCAAACUAGUGUUGCUAAGAGGCGCCCGUCUAGUGGUAGCAUUACUAACAUGCCUGUGCAAAGCUCAGCAGAUGAUGGGAAACACAGACAUAUGAUGAAGUUCAAGAGGUCCAGGCGAGGCGGCUACGCUUUGGGAAAUACUGAAGAUGGUCAUGCAAGUGUCCCAGGUCAAGAGCUGAGCCUACGUAGUGUUAAAAGGCGUAAUUCACGUGUUAAUACCUUUGCCAACACGGCUGUCUCUGUAUAAUUACUCAGUACUUGAUUUCAGCUUCCAAAUUUCAAUAAUUUUUUUCUGCCGUCAGAGAUUUGGCGGCAACCUAUUUUUGUGCUACCGGUUUUGUGAACAAGUCAACCUCAUGAAACCCAUCAUUACAGCAAAACAAAGUUUCUCACAACUCGUCACAAGUGUCCUAUGGGCAUAUACUUUGAAGUACCUAACCCAUGAUGUAUUAUUCAUCGUGUUACCAAGCAGCCCGGUCUACCCUGCUGAUGGUCUAUCCUCUUGAUUAUGUGCGUUUGUCACCGCUCGCAGAUGUUAUCAUUUAUUGCGCUUUUCAAUAGUUAUCUCAGCCUAUCCACGAGGAAAAUUCAGCUGCAAGGUCCCUUACUUCUUGCCAAUCUAAAUAUGCUGACACCUCCCAAGCCAACACCGCGGGCACUUUCUGAUGCUGGUCCUCUCCCUGUGCCGACCCGCGUUAAAUUAUAUUUUCUGUACACUUUAAAACAGCCUCAGCAUACAGUGAAUUGCCGCUGGUACCAUGAUCACAUGUCUUCUGCGUUAUCACCCAGCCUAUCAGUCGCUUGUCAUGUAUUCCAAACCAAGGUCAAACUAUGAGUGGAAAUACGUGUUUGUAGACUGAGUUCAAAACGUCUACUAAGAGUAUGAAAUAGGUAUUGCAGUAUUUUGUUAUCUAUGAUUUGCUUUUCGCUAUCUUCUCUUCUCAUAAAAUUUGCUGACUAUCACAUGGAGCACACACUGGCUUCUAUCAAAACGCUGUAUACCUAGUACUUAACACUUACCCGUCAUUGAUGUUUGGGUACACACAUGUAUAUUACAUGUAUAUCCGCCAAAGAAACACUUCCUUCUAGUCAGUGCUGGCUUGACCGGUACUAGUAGCAAGAGUAGACAAGCUCCCAGGAGAUUAUGUACUCUUGCUACUACUAGCCACCCUGCUAUCUCAGGCAUGGCGGUGGCCUGGCACAAGUG